AUAAAGAAUAAGACUCCACCUACCUACUGACCACCGAGAAGUUCUUCAAUGUGGGACCGCCCGAAAAUUUCUAAAAUUUUACCUAUCCGGCAACCGUCACUGAUCACUCAGGUGUGAACGAAGCAACACCAAUGUGAGAAUAAAAAAUGUGCGUUCCUUGUUAAUUGUAUAAUUUCAUGCAUUGAGUGCCUUUAAGUACAUGUGGUGAUUUAAGAGUCAAAAAGAAAAAAUCAAUAUAAUAAUUAAACAACCCAAGUAACAUGACUUCAUCUGAACUACAAAACUUGACUUGGGUCAAAGGACAACCAGUACGGGCGAGACUACUUGAUGCGCAACUUUGGUCAGAAUUUUUAGCCAUCAACAAUGAAAUGAUUGUAACCAAAACCGGAAGGAGGAUGUUUCCUGUCAUAAAAGUGCAAGUGACUGGACUAAGUCCGUCAGAUAUGUAUACAAUAUUUCUAGAAUUUGUACAAGUAGUAGGCCAACGGUGGAAGUACAUUAAUAGUGAAUGGUCGCCGACUACUACUUCAGAUCCAGCUACUAAAAAUCCAUUUUAUAAACAUCCAGAAUCACCUAACUUUGGAAAACACUGGAUGGAACAGCCUAUUUCAUUUGCCAAAAUAAAGCUAACAAAUAGGCCAGACAAUCCUGGACAAACUCAUUUAAAUUCGUUACACCAAUAUGAGACUAAGCUUCAUAUUGUCAGAGUAGGAGAUCCAGAAGAUGUUCAAAUAUUUUCAAUGCCACAGACAAGAUUUAUGGCAGUCACUGCGUAUCAAAAUGAAGAGGUUACCAAACUAAAAAUAAAAUACAAUCCAUUUGCCAAGGCCUUCAAAGAUACAAAAAUAAAAACUGAAGAUAAAGAAAGAAAAAACCACUACGAAAUUUAUACACCUUCAACAAUUCCUUAUGCAGAAAACUCAUUUACUCAAGAAUAUACAGCUCCGCCAGAAGAAUGGCUGUAUCAAUACAGUAGUCAAAGAGAUAUGACUGGAAGAUGUCAGUGUACAUCUUGCUAUUUUUCAAAGCCCCAGGUUGGUCAUAAUAAAAUUAUAUCAGCCCACAAUACUGAACAGAUAGAUAACAGUUAUCAAACUUCAACUACUUAUAGCUGGACACAAUUAGGAAGCUAAAUCCUUAAUAGAUAUUUUUAAAUAUGAACUGAAUUGAUUUUUAAUCGUGUAAUAUAUUAUAAUUAAUUUUAUGUAAGUUGGGAUGUAAAUUAUAUUUAUUUUUGUUAAAAUAUGUAUGUGAAUAUUUCGGGACAAAUAAAUUAUAUAAGUUAUAUUUAAUAUAUUUCA